AUGUUUGUGGCUGCCAGAGGAGGAGCUGGUGGAAAAGGGAAUUAUUUUUUUCUUAGUAAUGAUAACCGUGCACCAACCACUUAUGAAGAGGGUGGCUUUGGGGAAGAAAAGGUUUAUUAUGCAGAAAUGAGAAUCAUUGCCCACAUUGGCUUGGUUGGAUUUCCUAAUGCUGGAAAAUCGACCUUACUGAGAUGUCUAACCAGGGCAAGACCGAAAAUUGGUUGCUAUCCAUUUACAACACUCUACCCUCAUUUAGGAAUCGUUAAUUAUGAUGAUCAUGAGCAAGUUUCAAUUGCAGACAUACCAGGUCUAGUUGAAGGUGCUCAUUUAAACAGAGGUCUGGGAUUUUCAUUUUUACGACAUGUCGAGCAAUGCAAAAGCCUUAUAUAU